AUGGAUCUAUCUCCGGAAAAUCGGUUUAGAAAGUUCAUGGACUUGAAAAUGCCAGCUGCGAUUAAGGCAACCCUGGAUCCGAUUUUGUCGUUUUAUGUGCAUUUAAAAUUGGAUCAGAUUUCAGCGCUCGCUAAUCGCCAAAUUAUUCGAAGUUCAUUCAAGAAAUACGUGAUCCGAAAAACUUUAUUCCUCGGAGAAAUGAACUCAAAAAAAAAACUGUGGAAACCUGAACAAUAUGAGAAUGCGUGCAAUCGUUGCCCUGCUUACGUUGCCUUUGGCUACGCUUCCAAAAUCGCGGACGGACCGGAAGCAGGAUAUAGAAAGGAUAAGUGA